CGGGGCGAUGAUGAUGAUGAUGGGGGAGUGCGGGGUGCCGGGGGGCGUCCAGCUGCUGCUCCGGGCCUGCGACCAGGGCGACUGCCAGAGCGCCCGGCGCCUCCUUUUGGGGGCUCCCGAGGAAGACAACGCCGAGGCCCCCAACAGCGGGGCCUCCUCCGCCUCCGCCUCCUCCUCUUCGCCACCACCGCCGCCGCCUUCGCCUGGUUCGGUGGCCGUGGACGGGGCCGACGAGGCCGGCAACACGGGGCUGCAGUUCGCGGCGGCGGGGGGCCACGAGGAGCUGGUGGGCUUCCUCCUCCGGAGAGGGGCCUCGGUCCAGAGCAGGAACCACUGCGGGUGGAGCCCCCUCAUGCAGGCCGCCAGGUUUGGACAUCUGACUGUGGCUCGCAUCUUGCUGGAAAAUGGCGCUGACCUUAAUGCACAGAAUAAAUUGGGAGCCAGUGUACUUACCAUGGCCUCCAGGGGUGGCCACGUCAGUGUGGUGAAGUUGUUGCUGGAAGCUGGUGCUUAUGUUGACAAUUAUGACCACUUGGAUACUGGCUUAGACAACAGUAAAGAGGAAUUGCCAGCUAUCACCCCGCUCAUGGCGGCUGUCCAGCAUGGACAUGAGGCAGUUGUCCAUCUUCUGUUGGACUGGGGAGCAGAUUGUAACUACACUGUGAAGACUAUGGGCUGGACUCCAUUAAUGUUGGCAGCAGUUAGCGGAAGGGUGAGCUUGGCCCAGCAACUUAUGAACAAAGGAGCCAAUCCUGACCAUCAGAAUAUGCUGCAUAAAACACCAUAUGACAUAUCUGUUGAUUUCAAACAUGAGGAGAUGAAAGAUUAUUUGGCACCUAUAACAACAGUUAGACCCCAGACAGAUAAACAGAAGCGGCAACCUGAUAUCUUCCAUGCUUUGAAGAUGGGGAACUUUCAGCUGGUUAAAGAGAUUACUGAUGAAGACCCAGCACAAGCCAAUGUCAUUAAUGAUGAUGGUGCUUCCCCACUCAUGAUUGCAGCUGUAACUGGACAAUUAUCCCUUGUACAGCUACUUAUUUCAAGGAAUGUGGAUAUUGACAAACAAGAUAAUGUUCAUGGUUGGACAGCACUAAUGCAGGCUACCUAUCAUGGAAAUAAAGAAGUUGUUAAGUAUUUAUUAAAUCAAGGAGCUGAUGUCAACCUACGUGCUAAAAAUGGAUAUACAGCUUUUGAUCUGAUAAUGCUUCUGAAUGAUCCAGAUGCAGAACUUGUGCGGUUGCUAGCUUCUGCCUGCAUGCAAGUAGACAAAGAAAAGAAUAAACAGAACAACAAAGCAACCAUAGCUUCUUCAAGAAAUAAGCAAUCAGUGGAUAUUCCAGUGUUACCUGAUGACAAGGGAGGAUUGAAAUCAUGGUGGAGCAGGAUGUCUAAUAGGUUUCGGAAGCUGAAGUUAACCCAAACUUUGAAUCAUGGAUUUUCCAUAAAUCCAUCUAUGCCUUUUCCAGAAGAGUCUAAAUCACCAUUUGAUUGUACAAUGAAGGCCACAGAUCAAAGUGACAGUGCUUUAAAUCAUGAUGCCAUUGCAGCUUGGACAACAAAGAGCAAGUCUAAUGGUAUAGGAGUCACAAAAGCAGGAAAGGACACUGAAUUAUUGACAACAGUGUUAAGAAGUGGGGCUCCAUUUACAAGAUUACCUAAUGACAAACUGAAGGCUGUAAUUCCACCUUUCUUGCCUCCGUCACGUUUUGAGCUAUGGAAUUCUGACAGGACACAAACAAACAAAGAUGGCAGCACAGAGCAAACAAGGCUUGGCCUUCCACACAGAGCUACCAAUCACAACAGCAGCGAGAGUGGAAGUUAUGACAAAGGAUCCUUAACUAGAAAUGCCAGGCCCAUUAAACUGUCAGCCUUUGCAAGAAGACCUCCUACACCUUCCAACUCCAGUAAUUUCAACCAUUCCCCUCACUCUUCUGGUGGAUCCAACAGCAUUUCAGGAGUUAACAGACAUGGUGGAGAAAUGCAUAAUAAAUCAGGUGGAAGUGCCGAUAGUGUUUUGUCUCAAAUUGCAGCUCAAAGGAAAAAAGCUGCUGGUUUAUCAGAACAAAAACCAAGCCCAACAGUAGAUUCAAUUCCUUCACCUUCUCCUCCUGCUGUAGAAAGUACACAGACCAUCAUCAAUGGACAUAUUCUGAAGAAGUUGGAUGUGAAGAAGAAGCCAUCAUCAGAGAAUUCCUCUACUUCCAAAAGCACAUCCCCAACUCUCACACCUUCACCAUCACCAUCAUUGUCACCCAAGGUGCAAAGUGCAGAGUCUACUGUCUCUUCCUCUCAUCGGCAAGGAAAAAGUAGUGGUGGUUCCAGCAGCGGUACUCUAACUGAUGAAGAUGAACUCACAGGCAUCCUUAAAAAACUCUCACUUGAGAAGUAUCAGCCUAUUUUUGAAGAGCAGGAGGUGGAUAUGGAAGCGUUUCUUACUCUUACAGAUGGUGAUUUAAAAGAACUGGGAAUUAAAACUGAUGGUUCUAGACAACAAAUUCUCGCAGCUAUUUCGGAAUUGAAUGCAGGAAAGGGACGAGAGAGAAAAAUUUUGCAAGAGACUAUACACAACUUCCAUUCAUCCUUUGAAAGUAGUGUUAGCAACACCAGCCCUAGAAAAUCUCAGUCAUCAGGGAACUGGGUAAGGCCACAAGAACCUUCUCCCACAAAGAGGUAGUCUUUGAACCAAGAAGUCCUACUGUUUUGAUAUCGGGACUACAAAUAAUCGAAUCCAGCUGCCAAGAAUUAAAAAAUAUAUAAUGAACACUUUUAUAACAACUUUGCAUUACAGAACUUGCAGGAAAGAUGCUGUGCCAUAUCUUUCUUUCUGCAAACUAGACUCAGUUUUAAUUAAAUAUAAAUAAAUUGCUCAUUUAGUUAGUUUGAUGGUUUCAAGGCUGUGGAAGACUGUCAGGGAAGAACAGUACUGCAAAAAGAGAAAAUGUAUGGAUCAUUUAAUGCAAAAGCAGGAACAAAAGUCUUGCAGAAACUCUUUCAAAACCCGUAGGGGAACAGAUAAAAAUCAGAACAUUAGAGAAGAGUCGUCAAAGCAUCUGUAAGUUAUUGGAAGCUGGAUCAACACUAGCAAAAAAGCCCAUAACCACCUCGAUCCUGUUGCUUUAGAAACACAAGACGUUUGACCGCUUUCACAGUGAAAGGACUUCGUUUAGGCUUCAACACGAUUUAGAAAAAGUCACUUUUUACUUCACAGUUGCCAGAAAAUUUUUUGUCCCCUUAUUUUUUUAUCAUUGUGGCAUCAGUGGGUGGGGUGGGGUUGAGACAGAUUGGUGGGUGGCAUUCCUCCCCUGAGUGUACUCUCUCCAUUUUAUUGUUAACAUUCUGAGGAGUUGUAUUAUAUGAUUUCUACCCACCCUAACUGUGGUUCCUAUUCAUGAGGAAUGUCUCUUUCAUCAAAGAUGGAGGGAGGCUUGAGUAGUUGCUGCAUUGGAAUCCAUCUGUUUUCCCAGUAAAUGGGGUAAAAUAGCAUGGUUGGUGCAACUGCAGGGUAACUCGGUUGCUCAGCAGCACCUUGGCCAAACAGCUUGCAUCAUCCCUUGCUUUGCCAUGGCACUGACCAGGGGGAGGUCUAGCAGAGUCAACUUAUCACAGCUGACUGCUAAAUUUUGCCCUGUUUGGCUGAGACACUGCUGAGCAAAUUGGCUUGUUCUUCCUUCUCUUUCCCUCACUGAUUAUGAUCAGCAGUGUUUUUGGUCAAUGGUGAAGAAGUAGAUCACACUACACAAUGGUUUUGCAUAGACAUGUUAUAUAUAUAAAUAUAACUUUAUUACGGCCAAUUGGCCAGCACGAUUACAAAAUUCCAGUUUAAAACACAACAUAGGUUCAUGUACAGAUUGGAGAGUAUAAAAAAUUGACGGUCUAUAAAAAAUAAGGAUAAAAAGCAAGGAUAGGACUGCACGAUCAGGCAAACACACAACAAUAAGUAGGCUGCCAUCACCUCGCAAACAACUCUAUCAUUGUGUAAUAGAGCACCACAUUCGAGACAAGUUAUAUUCACCUCAUGUGCAUCACCCCAACUUCUUUAAGAAACACAGACACACUUAAGGUGGAAAAAUGAAAUGCUCAGAUACAGGAUGGGGGACACCUGGCUGGUGGAACACAGUCCCUUGGAGAGUGAUGGAAUGAUGGAGUCUGCUUCCUUAGAGGUCUUUAAGCAGAGGCUGGAUGGCCGGGGAUGCUUUGAUUGAGAGUUCUGCAUGGCAGGGGUUGGACUGGAUGGCCCUUGUGGUCUUUUCCAACUCUAUGAUGCUAUGGUUCAAUGAUUCUAAAUGUGACCAAUAAAUUAUAUGUUUUGGACCAAAGCUGGAAUUUUACUUACCUUGCACAAUAGCCAGUCUAGUGUUGCAAAAGGUGAAUGAAACUGCUUAAUAUUCAACCACUGUGUACUCUAGUGAUGCCACUGGAUCUGCCAGAGCAGCAGCCAGCAGUCCCUUCCCUCUUCCUCUCACUCCUGUCAGCACACUGCCCACCCACCCCAGCUCACUCCUCAUCUCCUCUCCUGUCCUGCUCCCUCUGUCCAUGCACCAUCUACCUUCCAGCCCAUGUGUGUGUGUUGGGAGACAUUUUUAAAAUUCACCAUUACUCAUGAUCACUCACUGGGGCACAAAGGGGGAAAUGGGAUUGGAUGUGGACCCACUCAAUGAGAGGGCAGGGUAGGUGGUAACAUUAACAGAAAAUAAGAAAGGCUACUGGUUGAUAGGUUUAAUGAAUGGUGGGAAGGAAAAAUAAAGUGGAGUCACUGCAUUAGGGUGACUGAAAAUAACUUGAUGCAGUGAUCACAUGAAACCAUUUUAUCCUAAAGUGAGUUUAGGGGGUGGGGAAAUGCUGUGGCUGUCAAUACACAUUCGGUGCAGAUUAUAACAGUUAAAUGUGACACUAUAUGAAGUCAAACGUGUACAGGAUAAUGCACAGUAAAACUGAAUUAUUUUGCUAGUUUGAAUCUGACUGGAAUCUGCCUAUAGCAACCUCUGAACUGACUGUGAAUAUUAAAGUAAUGACAUGAAUGGAGGACACAACAUUUAAGGAAGACUGCUGUAGCUUUGUGAGCAGAACUAAGGUCUAUUGCUGUGCUGCUGGACUAUGCCCAAGAUAUAUUUUUCAUUAAGCAACAAAUACAAUUUAUAUUGGUGAAUAUCUAAA